AUGUCCACAAUUGAUGAUGAUCAAGGAACAUUACUGAAUAAUAAUGAACAAACAAUUCAAGAUGAUUAUAGAUUAUCAUAUCGAAAUCGGAAUGCUGAAAAACGUCCGUUACGUUUUUGUUUUUGUUGUAUAUUUUUAUUUUCACUUGUAUUUGCAACAUCAUUUGUUUUAUUAAGUCCAUAUUUAUUUCGUCCAAAUAAUCAAGAAAAAUUUGAUGAUAAUAUACAAAUUGAACUUAUAUGGACAAGUGCUUUUCCUAAAUUAUUAACUGAAACAGCAUUUCGUCUUGUUGAUUGUAAUUCUGAUGGUAUACUUGAUGUUAUAUUUGGUUAUGGUACUGGUGUAGACACAUUAGGAGAGAAUCAAUUGUUAUGUGAUCUUUAUUUUAAUGGAAUUUAUCCAUGUAAUGGAGGUGUUAAAGCUUUAGAUGGUCGAAAUGGACAAGUUUUAUGGAGUUAUGAUAAAUCAAAUCAUGAAGUAUUUGCAUUAAAUUGUCAACAAGAUAUUGAUGGAGAUCAUAUUCCUGAUUGUCUUACUGGUGGACGAGGAGGUACAUUUGAAGCAAUUAGUGGAAAAACUGGUGCAUUAAUAUGGACAUUUGAUAAUGAAGUACGAAGUACAACAAUGAAUUUUUAUACACCAUUAUAUUUAAAAAAAGAUUUUGAUAAUGAUGGUUUCAAUGAUAUUAUAACGAUACAUGGUGGUGAUCCAAUAAGAAAACCACAUGAUACUGUUAAAUUAGCAGGUGAAGUUCUUCUUAUUAGUACAAAAACUGGAAAACUAUUGAAUGUAUCUAUUGUUCCUGAUCGAAUGGAAUCCUAUUAUUCUCCACAAUUAUUACAAAGAUCAUCGAAUGAAGAAUAUAUUCUUAUUGGUACUGGUGGUGAAACACAUGGUGGUGGACUCUAUGCAUUUGAUCUAAAAUGUUUUACUAUUCAAUGUUCAUCACCUUAUACAAAAAUAAUCAGUGAUGAAUAUAAAGGUGUUAUGACACCACCGGUUUUAAUCGAUGUUAAUAAUGAUGAUAUUGAUGAUAUUAUUAUUCCACUUUAUAAUUCGACUUUAUUUGCAUUUGAUGGUAAAACAUUUAAACAAUUAUGGAAUAGAACGUUUCCGAGUUCAGAAACAUAUAGUUCUCCUGCAGUUGGAUAUUUUAAUAAUGAUGAUAUACCGGAUAUUAUGGUUCAUUAUCAAACAGGACCAGGAUAUCCAUUGUAUUAUAGUGCUCAAACAACGAUUCUUGAUGGUCUUACAGGCAAAACAAUUCUAGAUAAACCUGUUGAACAAACAGUUGGUGUACAAAGUUCACCAUUAACUAUAAGUUUUAAAGAACGUGGACAUGAUAUGUUUAUUUAUUGGAUGGGUGAAUGUGAUGGAAUUAAUAAUAGUACGGAAAGAAAAAUUGAUUACGAUAAAAAUACACCUAGUGCUCUUCUUUCACAUGCUGAUAUGUGUAAAUUAAGAUAUCAAACAACAAGUUUUACUGCACUUCAUGGUUUAACACAAUCGAUGAAACCCCCUGGUGUUCUUAUUUAUAAUUCAAAUCAUUAUGUUGCUCUUGAACGUAGUACUUCAAAACCAAGUUCAAUUGAUAUAGAAAAAUUUCUUGAAGAACAUCCAGAUUAUUCAUCACUCUAUAAAUCAUGGCAACGAUUAGAUAAUUAUAUGGAGGGUAAAGAAACAAUCGAUACAACACCAACGACAACAUCUGAUGAAACAAGUAAUGAAAUACAAACUAAUGAAGAUAAUGAAGAUGAUACUGAUUUUCAUACAAGUCGAAAAAAAUAUAAACGACAUGUUGGACCACAUGAUAAUGGUGGAUUACAAAGAACUAUUUCUACGGGUACAUUAGCUCCUUCAUUUGAAUUAAAUUCUAAAUCAAGUAUUGAUCUUAUAUUUGCAACAUAUUGGAUACAUUCUGAUACAUCAACAUUAUUACAUGCUGAUGAGCGUGCAUGUAUUGAUGAAGGCAUGGCUAAAGAAGAAGAUCGAUUAAAACCAACUAAUGCUAAUGUUUUCGGUAUGGAUCAUGAUGCAUAUGAACAUUAUAUAGAAGAUUUAUGUACAAAUAAAACUCGUUUAAAUGAAACUGUAUUGAGAAUUUCUCCUGAUUUAAUUGAUCAAGUACAAAUUUCAAUGUCAAAUCCAUUUAAAAAACAAUUAGGACAAUUAACUGUCUAUCGUAUUCGUCUUCAUUUUAAGAAAAAUCAAUGUGAACAAAAUAAUCUAACAAAUUGUCAAAUUAUUUCAGAAAAUAAUAAUCUUCUACCAUUUAAACAACAAAUAUGGCCAGCUUAUAUGGGAAUAAAUGGAGACUGUCAUGCAAAUAAUCGGUUUUAA